GUAAACAGCUCGAAACAGCACGCGGGUGUUUUGCAUCCCACGGCUUGAAGUGGGUUCCCGCAGCUCCGAGAUGUGCUGCCGCACCUGCUGGGCGGAGAAGCGAUAUGACGUCUAAGAUGUAUAUCACGAGCCCGUCCUGGGUGGUUACUCUCGAACUGGCUGUUGACGUGUCGACCGCUAUUUUCGCUCUGUUUCUUAGUUUGAUAGUAGUUGCGGGGUGGCUUUUCGGACCAUAGGUAUCCUCCAUUCAGUGAGAGAUAAACCGCAAACAUGGCAGUAACUGAGUCUUCGGAGUCGAAGUGCGAUGUUCUCAUCAUUGGCGCCGGGCCAGCUGGCAUGAUGAUGGCAGCAUGGAUGGCUCGUAUGGGCAUCAAUGCCCGCAUCGUCGACAAACGCAGCACCAAAAUCUACGCUGGACAAGCUGACGGUCUACAACUCCGGUCGCUUGAGAUUUUCGACAGCUUUGGGUUUGCCGACCGCGCCUGGAAGGAAGCAAACCACAUGAUCGAGAUGUGCAUGUGGAACCCUGGCGAAGACGGGGUGUUGAGGAGAAGCGACCGUGUUCCUGACGUACCAGCUGGUCUGUCGAGAUUCACGCAGAUUGUGCUACAUCAAGGGCGCAUCGAGCGCUUCUUCCUUGAUCACAUCAAGAAGCACUCCAAAGAUACGCUACGAGUCGAAAGAGCUGUGCUACCGGACUCGUUGGAGAUUGACGAGGAAAGGUGCGAUGACCACUCAACGGACAACUACCCCAUCAAGGUGCAGUUGAGACAUCUCACGGAUGAGGAGGCUGCGCCGGCCCAAGCGAAUGGGCAAACCGUUAGUGACGGGCUAUUCAGGAGUAAUUUGGUAGACGACGACACCGACGACUUGAUCAGGAAGGGAAGGGAGAAUAAGGGCAGCACGGAGACCGUAAGAGCGAAGUAUAUGGUGGGAUGCGAUGGAGCACAUAGCUGGACGAGAAGACAGCUAGGAUUCCAGCUCGAGGGUGAACCGACGGACUUCGUUUGGGGUGUUCUAGACAUCGUACCCAUCACCGACUUCCCCGACAUUCGCAAUCGAUGUGCCGUCCAUAGUGCAUCUUCUGGGUCGCUGAUGGUCAUUCCUCGCGAAGAGAAGCUGGUUCGACUGUACAUCCAGCUUACUGAUAUCAAGCCGGACGCCUCAGGUCGUGCUGAUCGGUCGAAGAUCACGCCUGAAACUAUCAUCAAAGCUGCGCAGAAGAUCGUUGCGCCGUACUCACUGACCUAUGAGUAUUGCGACUGGUUCACUGCGUACCAGAUUGGCCAGCGAGUCGGUACGAACUUCGACUACCAAAGCCGCGUGUUUCUAACUGGUGAUGCGGUGCAUACCCACUCACCGAAGGCUGGACAAGGUAUGAAUGUCAGCAUGCAGGACUCAUUCAACCUGGGAUGGAAGCUAGGGCUGGUCGUCAAAGGCAUCGCUCAGCCCUCGAUCCUGAAGACCUACCAGUCCGAGCGACGCAGAAUCGCACGAGACCUCAUUGACUUCGACCACAAGUUUUCGCGGUUGUUCUCAGGCCGCCCGGCAAAGGAUGUCAUGGACGAAGCGGGCGUGAGCAUGGAGGACUUCAAGCAAGCAUUCCUCAACGGAAACAUGUUCGCGUCCGGUCUCUCCGUCGACUACGGCACGAGCAUGCUCGUCGCUAAGCUAGGCAGCUCCGCUGAUCAAGGCGACGGCACAGAUGUAUCAAGCGCACAUCAUCGAAAGGUCGUGGGCAGGCAGGAGCUCGCGACUAACGUCAAGCUCGGCAUGCGAUUCCCAAGCUACAAGGUCUUGAACCAGUCUGAUGCACGGCCAUGGGAGUUCCAGGAGAAGCUGAGAAGCGAUGGACGAUUCCGCAUUAUCGUAUUCGCCGGAAAUAUGGUCAACCCACAACAGCAGGCUCGCCUGAAGGUGUUCUGUCAGCACCUCACUUCGUCUGCUCUCCUUGCGCCGCACGUUCACAAGAGCAUCGCCCUCCUGACAUGCCACGCUUCCAAGCGCACUGAGGUUGAGCUCCUGCGCGACUUCCCAGACGUGCUGCAUCCCUUCGACAGCAAGAUGGGAUGGGACUACGACUCGGUGUAUGUGGACGACGUCAGCUACCACGAGGGUUUUGGCGAUGCCUACAAAAACUACGGCGUAGACAAGGAGACUGGGUGCGUCGUGGUGACAAGACCGGAUCACCUGGCAACGCGAGAGCCCAAUGGCAACUGGCACCCGAAGUUUCAGACGUGUACACCAGCAGUAGCACUGCAGCGGACUGGUUGCACGGCGACUAGUGGAUCUGCUGCGGAGGUCCAGAUUGGGGAGCUCAACAAUGCGCUUGUUGACAAACGUGGAGGACAGCUACCAGUGAGUGUCUUUGUUGUGUGUCGUGGUUUCACUUUCACUUUCACUUUCGCAUUCGCUUUCACUUUCACUUUCACUUUCACUUUCACUUUCACUUUGACUGUCAUUCCUGUACAAUCCGUCGUUUCGUACCCGAGAUUGACGUCUCCCUGCACGCUCAGAAGACGCUCGUUCGACGACGCUUCAGAUUUCAUGUCGGGCGCGAACAGCACCACGGCAGCGCUGGGCGAGAAGAUGACGCCGUCGGAAGUGGGCAAGACGAAGACGGCCGAGGCCGACAUUGUCGAUUUCCUGCGCGAGGCCGGCGAUGCGCUGAAGGCGUCGCCGUCGCAUGCCCCGCCGUCGCAGUCCAUGCCGCGGCGGAAGACGCUCAAGUCGCGCCUGAGCGACUCCAUCUACGCGUCCAAGCCGAAGCUCGAGCCGUAUGACCAUGGCUUACCAAUGCAACCUCUCCGCAGACCAACAGAGCCCGCCCCGCGCGCAUACCACCCGACCGCCUCGUCCGUGUCGGGCCUCUCGCGGACGCAGUCAGUGCUGGACACGGCGCCCAACAUGCCUCCGCCCGCCGACGGCUCGUCGCCCCCGUACCAGCCAUACCGCAGGCCACUGUCGGCCGACCGCCCCUACUCGCCCACGCGCACCUCCUUCGACUAUGCCCGACCGCCCGCAUCGACACAGUACGAGCCGGAGACACUAGACGGCAGCCCGCGACCAGGGAGUCCGACGCGACCCGGCAGUCCUAGGCGGCCACUGCCUCCCCAGCCACUCUUCGCUGGUGGCGCCCGACCCGUGACCCGCGACGCAGAGAGAGGCGGAGACAUGGGCGACAUGACCGCGAUACCCAUCGACGACGACCCUUUCGGCGACGACCCUUUCGACGACGAUAAGACGUACGACCGCCGUCCCGACUUCGAAUCGCGGGGCUCCUACAUGUCCGACGACACAUACACCGACGGCUACACGAACAUAGACGACAAGGACGAGCACUAUGGGCCUGCUCCCACCGGUGCGAUGCCGCGGCGAGGCGCACGAGACGCCGUCAUGACGAAGAAGGAGGUCCGACUGAUCAACGGCGAGCUGAUCCUGGAGUGUAAGAUCCCCACCAUCUUAUACAGCUUCCUCCCACGGAGAGACGACGUCGAGUUCACCCACAUGCGCUACACAGCCGUUACCUGCGAUCCAGAUGACUAUGUUGACCGCGGAUACAAGCUGCGCCAGAACCUCGGAAACCCGCGUGAGACGGAGCUCUUCAUCUGUGUCACCAUGUACAACGAGAACGAAAUCGACUUUACACGCACAAUGCACGGUGUCAUGCAGAACAUCAGCCACUUCUGCUCGCGCAUGAAGUCACGGACUUGGGGGAAAGACGGCUGGCAGAAGAUUGUCGUAUGCAUUAUCUCCGACGGACGAAGCAAAGUACACCCUCGUACGCUGGAUGCCAUCGCAGCCAUGGGAUGCUUCCAGGAGGGUAUUGCGAAGAACCACGUCAACCAGCGCGAAGUCACAGCGCACGUCUACGAAUACACAACACAGGUCUCGCUCGACUCGGACCUGAAGUUCAAGGGUGCUGAGAAGGGCAUCGUGCCGUGCCAGAUGAUCUUCUGCUUAAAGGAAGCCAACUCGAAGAAGCUGAACUCGCAUCGAUGGUUCUUCAAUGCUUUCGGUCGUGCCUUGAACCCGAACAUCUGCAUCCUCCUCGACGUUGGAACGAAGCCCGGGCCCAAAGCGCUGUACCACCUCUGGAAGGCGUUCGACACCGACUCUUCCGUUGCCGGAGCCGCGGGCGAGAUCAAAGCUGGCAAGGGCAAGGCCUGGCUCGGUCUUCUCAACCCGCUUGUCGCGUCGCAGAACUUUGAGUACAAGAUGUCCAACAUCCUCGACAAGCCGCUGGAGUCGGUCUUCGGCUACAUCACCGUGUUGCCUGGUGCGCUGUCAGCGUACCGAUACCAUGCGCUACAGAACGACCACACAGGUCAUGGUCCGCUGAGCCAGUACUUCAAGGGAGAGACGCUGCACGGUCAGGAUGCGGAUGUGUUUACUGCGAACAUGUACCUUGCUGAAGAUCGUAUCCUGUGUUGGGAGUUGGUGGCGAAGCGUAGUGAACAGUGGGUCUUGAAGUAUGUCAAGGCUGCGACUGGUGAGACUGAUGUGCCUGACUCGGUGCCUGAGUUCAUCUCACAACGUCGACGUUGGCUCAACGGUGCCUUCUUCGCAGCCGUCUACUCACUGCUCCACUUCAAGCAAGUCUGGUCGACCGACCACACCCUCUGGCGCAAGAUCCUCCUCCACAUCGAAUUCGUCUACCAGUUCGUGCAACUUAUGUUUACGUUCUUCUCGCUUGCAAACUUCUAUCUCACCUUCUACUUUGUCGCCGGUUCGCUCGCUGACCCAGAGAUGGAUCCCUUUGGCCACAGCAUCGGCAAAGUCAUCUUCUACAUCCUCCGCUACACCUGCACGCUACUCAUCUGCAUGCAGUUCAUCCUCUCCAUGGGUAAUCGUCCCCAAGGCGCGAAGAAGAUGUUUCUCUGGAGCAUGAUCGGCUACGGUCUCAUCAUGGCGUACACAACCUUCGCCUCCAUCUACAUCGUCGUCUAUCAGCUCAAAAACACCGACGCCCCCAAAACAAUCGGAAACAACACCUUCACCAACCUCAUCAUCUCCACAGCAACAACAAUCGGCCUGUACUUCCUCAUGUCCUUCAUGUACCUCGAUCCCUGGCACAUGUUCACCUCGUCCGCGCAGUACUUUGCUCUGCUACCGAGUUACAUCGCGACACUACAGGUCUACGCCUUCUGCAACACGCACGACAUUACUUGGGGCACCAAGGGCGACAACGUGGCCAAAACCGAUCUGGGUGACGCAAAAGCCAAAGCAGGGAACGUCGUCGAGCUGGAAAUGCCCUCGGAGCAGCUCGACAUCGAUUCGGGUUACGACGAAGCCCUGCGCAACCUGCGCGACCGCGUCGAAGUCCCUGAGAAACCCAUGAGCGAGAGUCAGCAACAAGAAGAUUAUUAUCGCGCGGUGAGGACGUAUAUGGUCGUCAUCUGGCUCAUCAGCAACGCCAUCCUCGCCAUGGCCGUCUCCGAAGCGUACGGCAAUAAGAAAGUCACGAAUAACUUCUACCUGACCUUCAUCCUGUGGAGCGUCGCCGCGCUCGCAUUUUUCCGCGCCGUUGGCUCCACUUCCUUCCUCAUCAUCAACAGCAUUCAUACGGCGAUGGAGACAAAACUCAAGUGGGAGGACAAAAUUGAGGAUAAGAAGGGGGGCACGACGGGGCUUGGGGGUGGCAUUAAGAGUAAGAGGAAGGGCAAGUGGUGGAAGUUUGGGUUCGGAGGGAGUUAUGGCGGGAGUGUGGUUAGUAGUGCGUGGUUCAGCAAGUCUUCUAUCUCCAGCAAGCUCAGUAGCAUUUCGCCGAGUAACUGGGGUGGGAGCUCGGUCGGGCGGUAGAUGUAGCGCAUGGAAGCGAGGCCGAAGGAGUUCUCGACUCGAGGCUUGGUUGGGAAAUGAUGCGGAAACGGUUGUUGUGUAAGCAGUCAAGAGAAGGAAGAAGGUUACGAAUUCACGAAAAGUAAGUAAUGUUGGGUUUUUGGCGUUUUGAGCAAGCGUUGGACAUUACUUAGAUACCUUACCUGUGCACGUCUCGUCAUGUAGCAACAGUGAGCGGCAUUGGAGAUACGAAUAGAGCUUGUAUACUGGGGAUGAGAUGUAUAUAACG